GAAGUGGACUGUCAUUCUGGCUGUGUCCUUGUUAGCUAGCCAGCUAGUUAGCUGCCAUAAAAGGCAAGCAAAUGUGUACCAUUUGGAAAGAUGAAUUAAACUGUGCCUAAAGACAGAAUUGAAACGAAAACAACGUUGACCUGCUGUUAACUACAGCACCAUGUUGCGUGUCGGGAGUAAAGCUGCCUGCAUUGCCUGCAGGAACCUGGUCUCCACCAACAUGGGGGUGAGAUUCCGGGUACCCCUUCAGAAGCUACACCCUCUGUCACGUGCCAUCCACCACCGAUACUCUGGGAACACCAACCCUCAAAGACCCCCUCAUCGCACUGCAGCCCGCUAUUUUACUUCUAUGUCACGGUUGCCAAUGCGACCACCCAAGCCUCCCCCAGGAUCAGGGGGCCGUGGCUAUCAGCAGCAGCGCAGCUUCUGGGUGGCCCGCCUUGCUGCUCGUUUGUUGAGGCUCCGAUACAUUCUGCUGGGUACAGCAGUGGGAGGAGGCUACACAGCUAAAAAGACCUAUGAGGAGUGGAAGGACUUGCUGCCUGAUUUUAGUGAAUACAACUGGGUCAUUCCAGAUUUUGUCUGGGAACUUAGUGAACAGAUUGAUCUUGAUAAACUGGCCAAAGCUCUACCAGAGAUGGAGGAAAUAGCCAAACUUCUACCUGACCUAGACAAGAUAGGAGAGAACUUCACUUUCAUCAAAAGCCUCCUUUCAUCUGGUGUGAGUUUGGGUAGUGAAGUCAAAGGAGCUUCUGGUCUGCAUCUGUUGUUAGAGACCGCAGGCGAUCCUCCACUUAAAGCCACAGACUCAUCUGCUGCAGCCACACCAGAGAGCAGUGACAAACAAUUUAAAAAGGGUCUGCUGGGCGAGCUCAUUCUUAUUCAGCAGCAGAUCCAGCAGCACGAGGAGGAGGUCCGGCGGGCCGCAGCAGCCAAUAAUGCGCGCCCCCCACCACCAGAGCCUGCUCCCAGUCCACCUCCGAACCCCAGUCCCCUUCAACAGAAACGCAAGUCUUCUGACAAAGAAAAGAUUGACCAGCUUCAAGAAGAACUGCUCCGCACACAGCUAAAAUAUCAGCGCAUGCUGGAGAGACUGGAGAAGGAAAAUAAAGAGUUAAGAAAAGUGGUGCUGCAAAAAGACGAUAAGGGGAUUCACCAAAGGAAAGUUAAGAAAUCUCUCAUUGACAUGUACUCAGAGGUUCUGGACAUCUUGUCUGACUACGACUCAAACUAUAACACCCAGGAUCACCUGCCCAGGGUGGUCGUGGUUGGGGAUCAGAGUGCUGGAAAGACCAGUGUGCUGGAGAUGAUAGCCCAGGCCAGAAUCUUUCCCAGGGGCUCAGGGGAGAUGAUGACACGCUCUCCUGUCAAGGUAACACUCAGCGAAGGCCCUCACCAUGUGGCCAUGUUCAAGGACAGUGGCAGAGAGUUCGACCUUACCAAGGAGGAGGAUCUGGCUGCUCUGAGGCAUGAGAUUGAGCUGAGGAUGAGGAAGAGUGUAAAAGAGGGACAGACAGUCAGCUCUGAGACAAUAUCCUUGAGUGUUAAAGGCCCAGGCAUCCAGCGGAUGGUGCUUGUUGACUUACCAGGUGUCAUUAGUACGGUGACUACGGGAAUGGCAGCAGAUACUAAAGAGACCAUCUUCAGCAUCAGCAAGGCCUACAUGCAGAAUCCUAAUGCAAUUAUCCUCUGUAUUCAAGAUGGCAGUGUGGAUGCAGAGCGGAGCAUCGUAACAGACUUGGUUAGCCAGAUGGACCCUCAUGGGAAGAGAACUAUCUUUGUCCUGACCAAAGUGGACUUGGCAGAGAAGAAUUUGGCCAGCCCAAGCAGAAUCCAGCAAAUAGUGGAAGGGAAGCUGUUUCCCAUGAAAGCGCUGGGUUAUUUUGCUGUAGUGACAGGAAGAGGGAGCAGUGGUGAAAGCAUAGAUUCCAUUAAAGACUAUGAGGAGGAUUUCUUCCAGAACUCCAGAUUACUAAGGGACGGCAUGCUUAAGGCCCACCAGGUGACCACAAAGAACUUGAGCCUGGCUGUGUCUGACUGUUUCUGGAAGAUGGUUCGGGAGUCUGUUGAGCAGCAGGCAGAUGUCUUCAAAGCAUCUCGCUUCAACCUGGAGACUGAAUGGAAGAACAACUACCCCCGACUGAGGGAGCUGGACAGGAAUGAACUCUAUGAAAAGGCCAAAAAUGAAAUACUGGAUGAAGUCAUUAGUUUGAGUCAAGUGACUCCCCAACUCUGGGAGUCAAUCUUACAGAAGAAACUCUGGGAACGUGUUUCCACACAUGUAAUUGAGAACAUUUACCUUCCUGCUGCUCAAACAAUGGACUCUGGUACCUUCAACACUACAGUGGACAUCAAGCUCAAGCAGUGGACUGACAAGCAGCUUCCACAUAAAGCACUGGAGGUUGCCUGGGAGACACUGCAGGAGGAGUUUGCCCGCUUCAUGGCUGAAUACAAAGGCAAAGACCAGGACGACAUUUUUGACAAGCUGAAGGAGGCCGUGAAGGACGAGAGUAUCAAGAGGCACAAGUGGAACGAAAGGGCCAUGGACAGCCUGAGGGUGAUCCAGCACAAUGCUCUGGAAGACCGAUCCAUCACAGACAAGCCCCAGUGGGAUGCAGCCAUCCAGUUCAUGGAGGAAACCCUGCAGUCACGUCUCAAAGACACUGAGUCAGUAAUCAGGGAUAUGGUUGGUCCAGACUGGAAGCAGAGGUGGUUCGGCUGGAAGAAUCGCACACCAGAGCAGCACAUCCGCAAUGAGACAAAAAAUGAGCUGGAGCGUUUGUUGAAGCUGCACGAUGAUCACACAGCCUAUUUGGCCAAUGACGAGGUCACCACAGUCAGGAAGAAUCUGGAGGGACGAGGAGUUGAAGUCGACCCUGUGCUGAUCAAGGACACGUGGCAUCAGCUGUAUCGCCGUCACUUCCUGCAGAAUGCGCUGUCUCACUGUAACCUCUGCAAGAGAGGUUUCUAUUACUACCAGAGACACUUUGUUGACUCUGAGUUGGAGUGCAAUGACGUAGUCCUGUUCUGGAGGAUCCAGAGGAUGCUGGUCAUCACAGCCAACACUCUCCGACAGCAGCUCACCAACACUGAAGUGCGUCGGUUGGAGAAAAAUGUGAAGGAGGUACUGGAAGACUUCGGGGAGGACCAGGAGAAGAAGAGCCAGCUCAUCACUGGUCGGCGAGUUCAGCUGGCUGAGGAUCUCAAGAAAGUUCGGGAGAUCCAGGAGAAACUUGAAGCCUUCAUAGAAGCUCUCCAUAAGGAGAAAUAAGAGAAUCAGAACUGUUUAAAGUAAAUUCAUGGAUCACAACAAAAACUGCACUGAACAAAGACAAACAUUUAAAUGACUUUCAUCACCUCGCUCCAUCAUCACUCACCGGAUUUUAAUACCUGCUGCCGGCUUCCUGCCCCCCUCUAGCCACUGCUGGAAUAGACGGACCUUAACAAAAGGAAAGAACGGAUUUCUUUGACUUCCUUCUCUGGUCAGUAUGAGGACUUCUGUACAGGAGCCCAACGAGUCAGAUCAGCAGGAAAAUGAGAAGUUUGCACAGUGUCACCUGACACCUGACCACUCAUUUUCAAUAAAUGAAGACUGGGUACAUGUCCAUCUGUCCUUUUUUAGCUCAUGGUAUCUAUGUAUAUGUGAUUAGAAGUGUGUAAACUCCGAUCUCUGUACAAAGAAUCACCAUUAAUAGUCGUCUGCUGGGUUAAAUAGCCUUGAGUUCAUACCUUUAUUUUGCCUGGUGCUUCGGAAAUACAACAUGGAACCUACCUGGCACACAAAAUUUAUUUAACAUUUGCCUGUUUUAAUUUUUGUUGCACUGAAGAUCCAAAGCACUUAAUUUUACCUCCAAGCUGCAGCUGUACUCUUCAUUUACUUUGCAUGUGCUUCUUCAUGAGAAAGUUUGCUCCAGAUCUUCUUAACCAAAAAAGUAAGUACCUGGUUUAAUAUUCAGCUUCCCUCAGAUUAUCCAUCACAUUAAACACACAACAUCUUUAACAGGACACAAUCAGUGCUGCUGUUUUUGGCCACUACAUUAUGUAUAAAUUUCUUUCUUUAUAUUUUGUUGAUAUUUUGGGGUUUUAUUUUUAAAAAUUCAUUACCUGUUUGUCUGCCAAAUGCACAUUAUUCACCUUUUGUUCUUGUCUUUGUGUGGGCGUUUUGAACAUAAUCUUUUUCUCCCUUUUUUGCCACAAACAGAUGAUUAUCCAUCCUCCAAAGACCCAUUGCACUGUUUAUGAGAUAAAUAAUGUGGGUUAACAUGAAGUCACUGUGUUUCUAGAUGGCUUAUAGACAUGAUUUAACAGCAGUUUUAUUACUAUAUGGGAUCAAGUUGAAGACAGCAUUAGUCAUUAGAUGUAUUUCAUUUAUUUUGGAAUACUAUUAAGAAGUACAGUAACCAGUUCUUAGGGGUAUAUCGUUUGAUUUGAAGAUCAUUAACAGUCAUUUUAACCCUUCUACUCUUUAAAUUCACCUGAGCUAUUUCCUUGCUGUGGUAUCAUCCAGUCUCUUAGCCUAUUGGCCCAUUUAAGCAGUGGUUGAUGGGUUAUCUCCACAAGAUGACCAAUGUUCACCAGGUUUGUUUGUUUUUUUUUUAUUUGGUGGGAUACUUAUUUCUGCAUAUGUGUACAUAGAACAAUUACUCCUUCACUUUCCCUCUUCUGUCUCUGAGUGGUCAUUGAGAUCUCGUGCAUAUUGCUGUUUGAAUUAGGGGCUUAAUGUCACACACAAAACCAAGAUAAACAGUCCUCUUCCUCAGUAAAUGAACAGGAUUUGUCCUCAGAUUUAGGAAAAAAUCAGAACAUUAGACAUUCUGGUGGGUUUUUAACGUGUAUGCUUUUGUUCUCUCACUGAUUCCUCCAAAAGUACCUGUCCAUCUCAGGAUGUUUUCCCCAUGACUCCCAAUCUCCUGCUUCUUUCACGUCCUCGUCUUUCCUCGGACUCUCAUCACCCUCCAGAACCACUUUCCCUUCCUAGCUUGCAAAACAGUCCGACAUCUGCCUGAAGGAGGGGUGUGUUCUUUGCUGACCCUGCCCAGUCAUUCGCUCUUUCAUGUGUAUAUGAGUAUAGAUAUAUAUAAUAAACCGUGCAUUGUGUACAGGCAGAGUUGGAGGGAAGUCAUGGAGCUAUUAUCAUGUACAGCACGUGUAACAGGAAACUGGUGAGAUGGUUCAAAAAUGUUUUAUGUUGUAGAAAGUAAUGUUUGCAUGGUGUACCCCAUCAGAUGUGCUUUAUUUAUUAAAUUUGUGUUUAAAGGAAAAAAUAAAA